AUGGGGAUCGAGAGCGACUCAGCGUCCGACGACACCGGGAUAAACGGGAUCAGACUGGAGUGCCACUUCAAGUCAAACGGACACUUCGGAGGCACAGUGGAGUCUGGGGUGGCCCCGUCGGGAGAUUGGCUCGGAUUGACGCGCUGUGAUAGUGGUCUUGGGGUCGAACACUUUCUGGUAUCUUCUCUUCAGAUGGAGGCAGAGACGACGGACGACACCGCUGCCAACUACGCAAAGUUCAUGUGCAGGGAUUUUGUAGGAGGCAACAGCCCCUACGAGAUUGUCCAUAAGCCCGGUCACGGUUAUUGGGGCACAUGGGGAUCAUUCAGCGAAUUUUGUGACCAGGACAGCGCUAUUUGCGGUAUCAGCACAAAGAUAGAAGAUGAUACCUGGGACGAUACAGGGCUAAAUGACGCGAGAUUUUACGGUUGCCCCUUCUAA